UUAAAUUCCAGGGUGCGAAGAACAGACAGUAAAGCUACUAGACCUUGGGGAUAGGAGACUUGCACAAGUGUGACCGAGUUUAAUUGUAAAGAAGUGGACACUAUGACAUCCGGCAACACUGACCAGCGCCUCGACCACCUUCUGAGCGCCGUGGAAAGCGAAUUUCAGAAGGGUAGUGAGAAAGGGGAUGCUUCGGAGCGGGACAUUAAGAUUGGACUGGAAGAUGUUGAUCUCUGGAUGAAAUUUAAAGAACUCACCAACGAAAUGAUAGUAACCAAAACGGGCAGGAGGAUGUUCCCAGUCCUCCGAGUCAACGUUUCAGGAUUAGAUCCCAAUGCCAUGUACUCCGUCCUACUGGAUUUUGUGGCCGCAGACAACAACCGUUGGAAAUACGUUAACGGGGAGUGGGUCCCCGGGGGCAAACCUGAACCUCAGAGCCCCAGCUGUGUCUACAUUCACCCCGACUCCCCGAACUUCGGAGCCCACUGGAUGAAAGCGCCAAUAUCCUUCAGCAAAGUCAAGCUUUCCAACAAGCUUAACGGCGGCGGACAGAUAAUGCUGAAUUCACUUCACAAGUACGAGCCACGUAUUCAUUUAGUAAAAGUCGGAGGAAUUCAAAAAAUGAUCUCCAGCCAGUCGUUUCCUGAAACUCAGUUCAUAGCAGUGACUGCUUAUCAGAAUGAAGAGAUCACAGCUUUAAAGAUUAAGCACAAUCCUUUUGCAAAAGCCUUCCUUGAUGCUAAAGAAAGAAGUGAUCAUAAAGACAUUCCAGAGCACAUCAGUGACAACCAGCAAUCUGGAUAUUCACAACUUGGAGGUUGGUUCCUGCCUGGCAACGGCUCAGUGUGCCCCAGUCCAAAUCCUGCUCAGUUUGGGACAGGCCCUUCACUUUCCUCCGGGUCUUACUGUGAGCGAUACUCCAGUCUCAGGAAUCACAGAUCGGCACCCUACUCCAAUCACUACUCGCACAGGAACUCCGCAACAAAUAAUUAUGUUGAUAACGGCUCAGCAGGACUGACAUCCCAUGACAGCUGGUCUGGAAUUCAGAUCUCAAGUUCCAGUGGAAUGGUUUCUCUUUCCCAUGCCAGCAAUUCCACAUCGAACCCCAGUCAGUAUCCCAGCUUGUGGUCAGUAGCUGGUACUUCACUUAGUCCCGGCUCUCCUUCUGGAUCCAUCACCAGCGGCUUGUCUUCUCAGUUCCUGCGGGCUCCUUCUGUCUCCUACACAGGCCUUGCCUCAUCAAUGCCUCCCCCCUCACCAUCUCCCAUGUAUGACAAUACCUUGGCUGACAUCGGAAGCAAUGAUGUGCAAUUUGAAACCUCCAUUGCAAGGCUUACUGCUUCGUGGACACCGGUGGCUCAGAGCUAUUAGUCUGAGCAACAGUAGGCUCCAGCAGGCCAGUUGUAUGACCAGCGAUCAUUAGAGGCCUUGUUCAGUACUGGGAGUAGGUGAGAGCUUCUGAAUUUUGACAAGGACAUCUACCUCAGUGCAACUGUCUCAGUGCUUCAAGAACUAAAGUACCAAGUGCAGUGGACAUCUAGAGCGCCAUCUUCAGGCUGGCCCAAUGUAUGACUGACGACUUCCUGGUGCGCAUAACUUCACGUCCAGGACUCUUUGUGGUGGUGUUACCGACAGAGUGCCGAUGGCGGUGUGUUACUGUAUAUAACAGACAGUUGCAGGUAGCGAUGUUUCUUUAUUCUCUGCCACAUUACGCUUAUUAUUUUUGUUCUGCAGUAUACGAAAGUACUUUCAUUUUUACACUGACAACCUGGAUUUGAGUAUCCCUACGGUAAUAUUUAAGAUUUACAUAAUGAUGGAUGUCAUUUUGCUUUACUUUUCCAUUAUGACCAACACUAUGUUAAAUAAUAAUAAUAAUAAACCAUAAGAACACUUCGGCCUGUUUUACGCUGCGCACCGCGUCUGUUCUGCCUGCCGCCAUGAACACUGCAAUGCCUUAUUCUGCAUCACAGUUGUCAGAUUACGUUUUAAUUCGUUACGCUGUUUUCAAGUUUUUUAACAAGCUCGUAACACAAAAGAGUGAUGAAUGUAAAGCGGCCUACAGAAGGCGUUGCUGAAAAGCGGGGUGAAUACUGUGGCAUUGUAAA